UCGCAUUGCGCAAGCGCGGAUGGUACCGGUAAAAUCUUACAAGAUGGCGGACGAAGUCGUAGAUUUAGAAGUUGCGAGACAAAAGAUGCGACAAUGGCGAGAAGAACCACUACGAAACAGCGAAGAAGUGGUGGAAUUAGGAGAAUGUCUUCUACUGGAACACGGGAACAAACUAGGGGAUGAACUGUGGACAAUUUACGAGCAGGUUUUUUUGGCAUCUUUAGAUAGUGGGAAAUUGGAUUUGGCGACCAUGUGUUUGAAAGAACUAAACACUCAAUUCCCGAAUAGUAUGCGAGUGAAGAAGUUAAAAGGUAUGAGAUUAGAGGCAUUAGGGAGAUUUGAUGACGCUGAGAGAAUCUAUGACAAGAUUCUUGAGGCCGAACCAGCUAAUGCAGUGGCUCUUAAAAGAAAAAUUGCAAUCUUGAAAGCAGAAAACAAAAUGGUCGAGGCGAUCAAGGAGUUGAAUGAAUAUUUAACUAAGUUUAUGAACGACCAAGAAGCGUGGAUGGAGCUUGUAGAGCUGUACAUAACCCAUCAAGAUCUGAAAAAGGCUAAAUUUUGCAUGGAAGAACUGAUUCUUACUAACCCUCACAAUCAUCUCUACCAUCAAAGAUAUGCUGAGAUCCUAUAUACUAUAGGAGAUCUAGAAAGUAUGGAAAAAUCAAGGAAGUACUUUGCACAGUCCCUUAAACUAGAUAACGACAACAUGCGAGCACUUUAUGGCUUCUUCAUGGCUGCCUCACACCUCUCCAUAUCUGCAAAGGAGCCGAAAGCAAAGCGGGAAAAUGCAAAGUACUCAGCAUGGGCCGGCGCCCAGAUCAUGGAACGCUACCAAGCGGCAAGGGCUGGGAAUGGUGGCACGCAAGAGGAGGAUAAUAUGGGAGUGCUAGGAAGUAUGCUUGAUUCACUACAGCUUAGUUUACCCCAAAACAUCCCAUCCUAAUUCAUCAAGCACAUACUUCUGUAUGGAUGCAUCUCGCUGGAACAAGUUUGCAUCGUAGAAGAUCCAGACUAAUACCUUUCUAUGCUUGCACUAACUAUUGACACUUCAAGUUUUGAGCUCUGGUAUUUUGUAACCACAAAGCCUUGACAAUUUCCCCUGAUGAAUUAUUGACCUGACUGCAAAUUAUGUAAAGCAAUUGUAAGACUCUGUCAGCCACCAUUUUGUGAUCCUAGCAAAGUACCAAGGCAUCCAUUUCCGUGAGCUUGUUUGGGCAAGCAUUGGCUAUAUUAUUAAUCGGAUUUGGUAAAAGAAGUGUUUUUGAUGGUUAUUUCGAGAUUUCUCAUCACAAUUCUACUUUCAAUAUUGAUUGAAACAUCAACUCAAUGUCACUUUAAUCAUAUCAAAGGAAAUGCUUUUCUUGGCAUACUUUUAUCACCAAAUCCAAAGCAAUGAUUAGUAAUUUGCAUUAUAUUUUGUCUUAUUACUAGAUGCCAUAUUGGUGUGGCUGUACAUUGAUUCACGAUUUGUCUAAAAAUGAAUUCAGAUUGUCUUGGCACCAUUGUUGUUGGAAAACAACAAUUGGAAAAAAAACCACGGAGCAGAUUUAGCAUACCCUUGAUUACUCCUCACAAAAAGAAAGCUACUGGCCAACAGCUCUUUGAAGAAUGAAGCCAUUUAAUAGAAUGCUUAUAAUGCCCAACUUUUCAUUUCACGUCUUGACCCUUGCACAAAUCAAUAUGUCGAUGCACACUUGCGUAUAAUACCAUAAAAUGUGAAGUUGGGAAGAUGUUCUAAGACUAAGGCCUAGAUUAAGUCGUGCAUCAAGUUACAAUAAUGCACAAAAUUUAAUUAUUGAGGAGCUCAACCCCACAUUUAUUAUGGAAGCACUCUGUUGUCGAGCCUCAACCAAACCAGAACAGUGUUUAAUAUGGGCCUGAGUAAUGUUAAUGAAUAUAAUCAAAUCAAUGUUCAAAUACAUUGUGUAAGUAAGUUUAUUCUAGUAAGUUUAUUUUAGUAAGUUUAUUUUAGUUUGGCAAAUAAUAUAUGAACCAUUUACCAAGAGUCUUCAAGACAUUGUGGCAGCUUUCAAAGGAAUUACCCUGGGUGCUAAAGGUAAACCACACCCAAGGUUUUUUGCUUAUAGGUGUGAGAACCCCAUCAAGGGUAAACGCAAUCCAUAAAAAAUAUAGAUUCACUAUAUACACAAAAUAAACGAUCCUUAUACCACAA